AUGUCGGCCCUCCAGACGUUUAUGCUCGUCGUCGAGCACGACAAGGAAGAAGCCAAGCGUAUCGCGGAAAGUGUUGCUCAAGAUCUCGAAACCAAGAAAACAACCCUGAUUGAGAUUGUGCAGGGACUAGGCGAAUAUAUCAACGAUGAAGACCCAAUUCUGCGCGGAAAGGCUGUGUCCUUCCUGACCUCCGUGAUCAAGUCGCUAUCGCCCCGGUUCCUGUCCAGGCAGCAAAUUCAGGUUUUAACGACCUUCUUCGGGGACCGAAUUGAGGAUGGAGGUGCCGUUGCGGGUCUGAGAACUUUGCAGGCAUUGGACCGAUUUACCAAGGACAUGGCCGCUGAGAUUGCCCAAGCAAUGUUUUCAAACUUUCAGGACCUACAAUCUCGGUCACAGUCUCAGCGAUUCCAGGUAUACCAAUUGCUCAACGAUUUGAUGUCGAACCAUCGCAAGGCUCUUCUUGAGAUGGGCGAUAUGUCUCUCAUCGGGAUUGUGGAUCUUAUGACAGGGGAGAAAGAUCCGCGAAAUCUGAUGAUGGUCUUCUCCAUUCUCAAAGUCGUUAUGAUGGAGUGGGAGAUCACAAAUCACGUCGAGCUGUUGUUUGACUCGGUAUACAAUUACUUCCCAAUCACAUUCCGGCCGCCACCUAAUGAUCCAUAUGGAAUUACUGCGCAAGACUUGAAGGGCCGACUCCAGGAUUGCAUAUCUUCAAACAGACUAUUUGCUCCGCAGGCUAUUCCGGCAUUGCUGGAUAAAUUGGACUCGACUUCCCCAAAUGUCAAGAAGGAUGCUCUCAAUACUCUGAUUGCCUGUAUCCACUCAUAUGAUCCAGACACCGUCUCAAAAUAUUCCAUCACAAUUUGGGAGGUUUUGAAGUUCGAAAUCCUUAAUGCUCAGGAGGAAUUUCUCUCGGAGCUGUCUCUCGAGGCUCUGAAAGGAAUUGCACAGCGGCUCUCAGAAGGCGUCACUGAGACCACCCAAGAUCUCCCAUUGGCGCAGUAUCUAAAGCCUAUAACCAAAGAAUGCAACGAACAACUGCAAGAACCUCAGCAGAAGCAGGCGAAACCCGCACAGCAGAUUCUUGGUUCUCUAUCAUCUUCUUCAGUGCCUGCCUUUACCCUCCUUGUGCAAACUGUCGUCGCUCCUAUUUUCACAAUUUAUCAAGAAGCAGAUGGAAUUAUCAAGCAGAGAGCUCUUUUGGAAACAUUCUCUGUUCUGUUCGAGUCUGCCAUCGAUAUCUUUGGCAAGUGGACAACCCGUGGGAAUGAGAUAACUGUUGAGAACCCCCUUCUUGAGUUUAAAGAUCAGUUCUCGGAUGUCUUAGGCCAAGCCUUGAUGGGUGCCGCCAAGGAGGAAACUUCGUUCCGAGUCACAGCAUUGAAGGGAUUCCUUCGUCUGUCUACUCUGCGUGAUUUCUUUCAAGAUAAUGAAAUUGGUCUCUUUGUGCAGUACCUGGAUGAAAUCCUCCUCCAAGAAGAAUCGAUUGCUCGGGACGACUUGAAAAAGGAAGCCAUUGCUGCGCUUGCGGAGAUCUCCAAGCAUAAGCCCCGGCUCAUCAUGGACAUUACAUUCCCUGCCUUUGUGGCGACCCUUCCCGAUGAGGAUGAUGGAACAAAUAAAACGUACCUGUCCACGCUGGAUACUCUUGCCCAAAUCAGCGUUGAGAGAGACAUCUUCGAAACCUUGUUCCGUCGUCUUUUCAGCAAGAUGUCAAUUCUGCUUCAGAAAGAACAGCCUGGCUCUAUGGGAUACCCUCGUGCCAUCCUGGUGACGCUUCUCUAUGUCAUGCAACAGAGAGACAUGGCAGCGGACCCCAACGUCGAUCUAUACUUUGACAAGGUUGUGGUUGGUCUCUGCCGUAGUGUUUCGGAAGCAGCUUCUGGCAAGGCAAAGAACCGCCUUCUCAAUGACGCUACUAUCCUCGACACUCUUGGCCGCCUGUGCAAUCUUUUGGUUCGAUCUGUGUCAAUUCAAAAGCAAGCGCAAGUUGCGGAAAAUGUAUACAGUCUCUUUUCAUCGCCGUCCGACUUCUCACCCGUGCCAUUCUCUCAAGGUGCUACCGCUGACCAAGAGCGCACCAUUAUCGUGUCAACCUACCUACUCGCUGGUCUUUCGAAGGACUGUGGUAGUCGCAUUCCAUAUACAUCUGAGAUCUCCGGAUUGCUUCAAGAUCUGGUGAUGCGCUCUGUUUCUGACGACACAGAACCUGCGACUCAUGUGGCUUUCCUUCGUCACCUGGCAUUGCUGGUCAAUAAAUUCCUUUCAAAGCAGGAGUUGAACAUUGCCGAGACGGCGUUCGAUGGUCUAGUCUCUGGCAAGGGAAUUCUCAACCCCGGCACAAUCCGCACCGUUUUCUGGCUCUCAAAGGCCUUGGUUCUUCGUCUCGCUCCGACCACCACCCAUAUUCUUACCUCCCUCGUGGGCCUGCUCUCCUCUCCAGAUCAGCAAACCAGCGCCGCAACUGCCCGCAGUUUCUCCAUCCUCCUUGGUGAAGACGAUGUUCUCUCUGCGACGAACGGCGCCACCAUUCGCCUACUCUCCAAGCAGCGCGUUUUCACCACGGUUGUACCUAUGAUCUCAUCCCGUAUCCGCGAAGUCAAUAUCGCUGGUACGGCCGACCAUACACAGCCAGAUCACAUCAAACCAGCCCAUUUAACCGCUCUCGCCGGCAUACUCUCUACCAUCACCACAGAAUUGGUUAUGCCUGAACUUCCAACUUUACUCCCUCUCCUCCUCCAAUCCCUCGACCUCCAGACUCUCGACUCCGUCGCUGUUCGUGCAGCAACACUCGACACCCUCGCCGUGAUCAUCCGCGAAAACGGCGUGGCUGUGAUUGACCAGUGCGGACACGUGCACAGCCUCGUCGAGAGACUCCUCAAAACGACUCAAGUCAAGACCGAUACCAAUGGGGUAAACACUCCCCGUCUUCGUGCCGACGCGCUCAAAUGCUUGUACCUUCUCGCCACAAGGCAGAUUCCCGUCGAAGCAGGGUCCAAAAACCCUCCACCGUCAAUCUCCCCGCUUCUGUCCGAAAAAGCUCAAGUUCUGCGCUCCCUCCGCGCGGCUCUGGACGACCCCAAGCGAGACGUACGCAAGGCCGCCGUCGAUGCUCGGAGUGCAUGGCUGCGAAGUGUCGAUGAUGCGCCCGAGGAUGAGGAUUGA